AUGCAGUCCUCGAUGCUCCACUCCCUCAUUAUUGCGUACAAGCUCCAUGAGCACAUGAGCAUUAUACCGCCGGAAAUAGCAUCGAUAGAGGAUCUGAAGGAGUUUCACUCCUCGGAUUACUACCUGCAUCUGUGUGCGUCCGCUGCCCUGUCUGAUCGAGUGCUUCUCACCCAUGUCUUGCCGAUCGCCAGUGACUGCCCCAUCUUUCCUAAUCUUGCCAACUACGUGAGACUCGUGGCUGGCGGCACCAUAUCCGCUGCCAAGCUGCUCACCGAGGGCGGAUACGACGUCGCCAUCCACUGGGACGGCGGUCGCCACCAUGGCAAAAGAGACUCGGCCUGCGGAUUCUGCUAUAUCAACGACAUUGUCCUGGGCAUCCUCGAGCUCCACAAGAAGUACGAGCGCAUCCUGUACCUCGACCUGGACAUCCACCACGGCGACGGCGUCGAGCAGGCUUUCCAGACAACGUCCAAGGUCCUCACGGUUUCGUUCCAUAAAUACGAGCCCGGCUUUUUCCCUGGAACGGGCUCGAUUGACGACGUUGGUUACGGCAAGGGCCUCAACCACUCGCUGAACAUCCCGCUCCGUCCGGGCUUCAGCGGCGUUGGUCUCCGCUACCUGUUCAGCAGGGUCAUCGAUAGUGCCAUGGAGAACUACAAUCCCGACGCCAUCGUCAUCCAGUGUGGUGCCGACGGCCUCGCCAACGACCCGCUUGUUGGCCGCGGAGGCUGGAACCUGGACGAGCGAAGUAUCGGCGAGUGUGUUGCCAAGACCCUGUCCUUCAACAAGCCCACGCUGGUCCUUGGUGGCGGGGGCUAUGGCAAUCCGAAUGCAGCUCGGUGCUGGGCCUGGUGCACAGCCGUGAUUGUCCAGCAGGAGGAGCUCAUCAGCGAGGACAUCCCGGAUCACCCUUUCCUCAACAAGUACGGCCCAGAUUUCCGGCUGCCGGUUGAUCUUACCUUUUACAAGGAUCGCAACGACACUCGCUACGUCGACGACGUCAUCAAGAAGGUC